AUGGAGGCCCUUGAGAACAGUAUGAACAACAUGCAGAUCGACCUCCGAUCUGUUUGUUGUAAUCAAGAAUCAGACUCACCUUGCACCAAGACCGGCACAUUGGCCUGCAAGAAUUGCCUCAUGGUUACUUAUUGCAGCAGACGCUGCCAGACUGAACACUACCCACUUCAUCGUGAGGAUUGCCGGUCACCUAUAAUUAAAGGAACCUGGAAGCCCCGCUGGGUCAUUGAAAAUAGAUUGCCGGCGUUCAAUGGUCCCCAAGCGCAAGUUAUCAAUCAAGCCGCCUUUGGGGCAAUAAAAUAUCUUUGGGGCAACGUUCCAGCGAUUGAUGUGAUCAAGUUGGACCAAAAUGAGGGUGUCAACUUUGGAAACCCUUUGAACUUGCUUUUCGCUGGUAUCCUGCCGCAAAACUACAAAUCCCCUCUCUGCAUUGUUAUCAAUGACUUUGAGCUCGACGUGGUUGCUCGGAACCUGAUUUUCAUCUUAAUCAUUUUCAUGGAAGAGGAUGCCAAUGCAGCGGCCGAGUUCAUGCUUCACGUUUGGUACUCUGUGCUGGUGACAGAGUCCUGUUACACUUUACUUCAAAAGAAGCUCAAGCCACUCAUUAAUGAUGUAUGCAAUGAGAUUUCAGGCAGACCUCUUAAGAGCCUCCAAGCAAAGACUUGGCAUUUCGGCAGCAGCUCUCUUCGACUCGUGUUGGCUCGUCAAGCUUGGAUGAAGCUUCUUUCCUAUCUUGACGUGCCCGAUGCCAUGACGAAAGAGACAGCACAUGCCGUCCAUCAAGCCGUCGUAAGCGCCCCAUCUCGUAUCGAUUACGUCGAUCGAGCGGUGUUACUUCGAUCACCCACUCUAGGACUUGGCAUGAUUAAAUAUCGCAACGACGGGAUCCUCAUACCCUUUGGACAAUCCCGCAAGGCUUUCGUGAAACCAAACCCAACUGUCUUCGACUCCUCCCAAAAAUGGCCCAUGAAGGAUUCAGCCGACCCAAUAGACGGGUGGUCGAUGAAAACAGUCCUUGAAACGAAGGCUGGACCCGCCAAGCAAGAUGCAUAUGGCCAGCUUUAUCACUACCUGAGGCGUCUAUUUGUGGAUUUUCAUCAGUACUUACAUUCAAAGCCUGUAGCCUUCGAGCUCCACCACGUUGACGCACGAGGUCUGGACAAGACCCUCGCUGGGAGAGAGUUCGACCGCAUCGAGGUAAGCAAUAUCUGCGAUGCAGGUUACCUGGGUAUCGACAAGACCCUCAAGACCUUUGGCCCCCUCCUAUGCAAACCACAGGUGAAUCCACACGCGACUCUUAUUACAACUUUUCUGAACGCCGUUCUCGAGGCGAAGAUGAUGUGCCAGCAAAUGAAUCCCAUUCUCGAGGAUCUCAUCUUCCGGAUCGAAGUAGUAACUGCCAUGGAGUAUAUGAAAUCCGAGCUCCCGCGGCCAACGGGGACGCGAGCAGAGAUAGAAGAGCGUCUCGCAAUCUACGCUAUCAUGGCGGCUUCUGCAGCCGAAGUUGUGAGAGAUAUGGACAAGUAUUUCGACAUAUACAUGGACAAGCACGGCUUUGCGGGUGCAGCUUCAUCCGCCGAGUUAAUGAUGAAGGAGAAGCACACGAUCAUUCCUCCCUGGCCGUUGAGGGUCAACGGCGGUUCACUCCCCACGAGGAACGAUAAGAAGGACUUUAAGCUUCUACUUGGGACUGGGCAUACUGGGCAAGAGCGAUAUGUGGAAUGGAAGGUCAGAGCCGUGGAACCAGCGGCGAAUGCGGAGUGCAUGCCAUCCUGA